AUGGCGCCCCUCAAGUUUGGUCUCUUCAAGGCCAGAAGUCGGGACCACCAGGAGCAGCCGUCUACAGAGAAUCUGUUGCAAAACAGCAACAGCAGUUACAACGUCCCCGGGUCGCCGAUUCCAUCUACUAGUAAAGGACUUCAGGAGAAUCUCUCGGCUAUGAGCAUAUCUAUGCUGACCCUGGACAGCGAUGACGAUGACAUAAGCGAGAACAAUUUCCCCAUCAGACGCGGGAGUGGUAGCAGCAGAGUGGAUGAGGCGCAGAUCAACUACGAGCUGCUAAGGAGCCAGGCAUCGAUGGACGCGGCUUCCAUCAGCACACAGCACGAAGACUACGACCUGGAACAGUACGAGCUCGACGGCGUCCACAACUCGGACGUGGAAGCGGACGGGACCUCCUGCGACGCCAACUCCUCGGAGUUCGACGUGACGUCCAUCACGGCGAGCGACCUCUCGAUAUACUGCGCUUCCUUGAAGAAGCCGAAGAAGAGCAGGUCGAAGGAGGAGCGCCAAUGGCGCGACUUCGACAUGUGGCAGGCCAGCAACAUCGAGGUCAUGCAGAACCUGCUGAGCAGGAGCGGCACGCUGGACGAGCAGAUCAAGUGGGAGGCGAUCGCGACCGCCAGGGGCCUGUGCACGCUCACCGACAGCUGCACCUGCAGCGACUGCACCACCGCGAAGUACCUCGCUGGGGUCUCCGACGGCGACGGCGGCUUGGGCGCGGCGCCGCUGUUCAACGCCAUCAACGUCGGCUGCCAGAUACAA